AUAAACACACAUGUAACUCGUAUUACUUUUUAUUUUACCUCAACUGCUUUACAAUUUUUUUGUACUUUGUAUUGUGCUUGGCAUUAUUUACAACAAUAACACACGUAUGAAUCGGCAUUGGUAUCCGUAUUUGCAGCUGGACUCGGCCCCACUCAUUUCUUUGCUACUGCUGGCAUCGAUCACGGCGCUUUUCGCCACUCCAGCGGCGGCGCACAACCAUCACGGCGCCAACAUGAACUUUGAUUCGGGCGAGCCCAUCGGUGGUGUCCUGCGCGCGCACAUCCUGCUUAUGUCUGCGUCCUUCGGCGUGCUAUUCCCCAUUGGCAUGGUUCUGGGGCUGAGAAAAAACAAAUGGCACGUUCCUGUUCAGGCGACCGGCGGCGUCAUGGCCAUCGUUGGCUUCAUUCUGGGUCAUGCGCACAGCGGGCGCGCCUUCAAGGAAAACGCGCACAGCAAGUUUAGCUGGUUCAUUCUUUGGCUCCUGGCAGCGCAGCUGGCGGCUGGUGUGUACCUCAAGAUGCACACCGAGAAGCGCUUUAACGAUCUUGCGCGGCCCUUUAUUUGCGUAGCGCACAAGUACAUGGCCAUCACCAUGGUUGUGGCCACGUAUGUGCAGAUUCUGCUAGGUGUGGUUGCUUGGCUUGGAUAUUGCUAUGAUGGGCUCCUAGGCCAAUGUCUGGCGCACUUGAUCAUGGGCAGCUCGUUCUUGGCCUACGGCGUCUGGUUGCUGCUGCUUGUGCGGCUAGCCACGCCGUGGCUAAACCGCUUGGGGCGGUCGCCCGAGCUGUACGACAGCGUUAUGAUCAUGGUGUGGGGUCUCUUUAAUACAUUCACAGAGCACGGGUUUCUGGAGAAGGCCAAAGGCUGGUCGCACAAGGACCUGCAACACACCAGCCUUGGGGUCAUCUGGUUCUGCGGCGGCCUCCUGUCUACGUACAUGCUGCGCAAGGCCGGCCCAGACCAGCGUAGCAUGUUCCCGUCCAUCAUCCUCAUAUUUACAGGCUGCGCAAUGGGCAGCCACGAGCAGAACACAGAGUUUUCGACAAAGGUGCACUUUGUCUUUGGGCUUUCACUCGUGCUUGCCGGCCUUACGCGCUGCAUCGAAAUCAUGCUCAUCACCACGGGUCUCAUCCGCACCAACACCAAGGAGCCCAACCCGUUCCAGUACAUACCCGUGUUUUUCCUCUGCCACUCGGGCAUGACAUUCAUGUCGGCCAACCGCGAAAAUGUUGCCGCCAUGUCGGACAUGGGCAUCGACAUUGGCACGUUUUCGCUUGGUUACCUGUCGAUUACCUUCCUUCUUUUCUUCUAUGCGUACUUCCUCAUGCAGCUGUUCGCAGAGCUCGGGGGCCACAAUGACAAGGAUGUGGCACUGCCAACGGCCGAUGACGGCAUGAUUUACCAGACAGUUGAUCAACAGGAGUUUGAGAUGAGAGACACCGGCAGGCAAGACAGGGACGACGCGCAUAUCUUGUUUGAUGCAGUCGACGAGCAGUUUGACGACGAGUUUGAACACCAUUACGGCCACGAUGCUCCCGCUGGAAAUAAAGAAAGUGCGCGGUCUUCUAAUGAUAUUGAACACAGACGCAUCCACCUAAACUGAUGACUUUGUUUUUUCUUGUAUCCCACAAGAAAAAACAAAUACAAAAAUGUAUAAAGUCAUCGUGCAGAGUUUCAGAUUUGCAAAACAGGGUUAACAGUGCAAACU